AUGGGGCCUCGAGAGGAAGCCAGCAAACAGUUUCCACGAACCCCAGCUUCCACGCAAACAUUGGAUGUCACCACGCCAGUUACACCAGAUUUCAAACCAGGAGGGGCUGGAAAUGCUCUCUUUGGCAACAAGAAAUCAGGAGCUGACGCUGGACUCGUACGGUUGGCCACUUGCAAUGUUGUGCGGUUUGGCCUGGCGGAAUUGGCUUCGGAAAAUGCGCAGUUGAGUCUAUUACAAGACCUGAUUGGUCUUUUGAAGCCUGCCGCUGUGACCGAUCCAUCCGAACUCAAAUGCAAUCCUCAGCAGCUGCAAGUUGUACUGGUGGAAAUCUCGCAUUUGCUCAGUGCCUUGGGAGAGGCUGCUGCCUCCAAGGUGGAAGAUCUUGUCACCAACUUGAAAACAUGCCUCUGUCAUUCGUCGCAUGGAGUAAGGCACGAAGCGGCUGUAGCUUGCGGGGCGCUCGCAGACAGCUUCCCGGCAACUGGAAGAGAAUUUCUAGAAUAUGGAAUGAAGGAACUUCGGUCACAGCACACAGAACUGAUGGGUGUCGCAAAUCGUAGUGAAAGCGUCGAAGUGAACGAUCCCAAGCGAUCGUUUGGUCGCAUGUUCCGACGGGCCAAGAAAGAGACGGAAAAGAAGGUGGUCGAUCCCACUCUCGUACACCAAUACACAAUACACGGCAUUUCCCUUAUGAUGGCCAUUGUUGCCCGAGACCUUCCGCAGACCUCUGGGGGAAUAUCGCGACAACUACUUUCAGACGUUCUGUCAGUGGCAGAGUUGCUGUCCGAAUGGCAGUUCAAUGAUCUCGUAACCAAGGCGAACCCUGCAGUUGCCUGCACUUGCAUCCGGGCCGGCUUUGGAAUCAUUACUGGUGUUUUGGCAACUGGACCAGUCGCCGUGCAACCGCACACAAAGAAGAUUUUCGAAAUAUUCGACAAAUCUUACAAAAGCUCGGCUAAGAAUGGCAACAACUUCAGCACUGAUCAUGACCUGGGGUGUGUGGAAGUCGUUCUCACAGCCAUCGUUGCCUUUUUGAGCUAUGAUUCCGAAUUGCUUCUUUCAGUGCCUGAGGCGCUUUCGCAGGUAUCAAUCAUGCUGGAAGAGCUGCUAGUGUUGUUUUCUUCCGGGGGCCGAUUUGCCAAGGAUUUUACGAACCCAGCAGCGAUUACGCGGCUGAAAAGCGCGAAGGCCUCCCUAAUGGAAGCUUUCGCAUGGCUGCCUUCUGGUUCGUUCCCAAUGGCAGCAGAUGCCGUCUUCUCGUUUGCCGGAGAGCAAAUCAAGAGAGCCAUUGCCGGGGAAGUCACUUGUUCACUUCUCCCAUCCUUAGUGUCCAAAGAGGAUGUGCUGUUGGAUGCAAAGUCUGUUUCUAGAGUCGACAGAGCAGGGCAGGUCGGAGGGGCUAAAGAAAUCGAAGAGAGCAUUGUCAUUCUCACCUCAGAGACGGCUGAUCACGGGGAAAGGGAGUCAGUUCUCCACUUUCCCGGAUCCCAUGUUGUUCAACCUUGGGAAAAGGAGUUUCGAAAGAGCCAGAUCCUGGGCAUGUUUGCUUACGAUGCCACUCAGGCACCGCCAACACCUUUGCACGCCGCGGUCGGAACGUGGCGCAAACCGGUGGAGGUUUCUUGCUCUGCCACCGUUCGACUGCUAGAUGCUGCUAUCCAGGCUUACGCUGCAACUUUUGGUCUGAAAGGCGGUAUGGAGCAACAGGAAGCAAUGGAUAUGCUUGCUCUGCUUGUGCCUCCGUUCUUAACCCAAUUGGCCAGUGUGAUCGGGUUGAACACAACGCUUUCGGAGCCCGCGAGUCGAACAAAGGCGAAAGAAGACAAUGCAGCUGUUGCAAACAUCACCGCUGUACUCCUUUCCUGCUUGAAAGCAUUGCCGCUCCACGAGGCGACCCACAAUGUUCCUAUCGGCCUAGGGCCCCCUUGGAUGAAUAAAGCGAAGGAUCUUCUGUUGACACUGCUCCCGUCGGCUUCAAAUGUAGUGCGCCGAGCAGCUGCCGAAGGAUUGGCGCUUCUUGCCACACUGGGAGUGAGCGAAGAUGCACACUUCCUUCAAUCCGCUGUGCUUCAUUCGCUCGACGAAGUCAUGCGAGGAAACCAGCCAGAUGGAAAGCCAAGGACCUUGCCCUUGGAGCCCAUCUCGGCGUCGCGGGCGGGUUCUCUUCUAACAUUAGCCUGUAUUCAACGAAUGGCGCAGACAGUCAACGAGAAAAAACUCGGUCGUAACAAAGGGCGUGCACUAAGCGCCGAGGAAAUCAUCUUGCAGGCAGAAGAGGCUCUUCCAACAUUGCAAAUGAUGACUCGAAUAUUGCCCUCUGUAACCAGACAAGGUUUCCGAGAUUUCUUCAUUGUUCAAACCCACGCGCUUCACUCGUUCGGCUUACUCCUCGGAUAUUCUUCAAAGCUGGAAAGAGAGAAGGAUAAACUGGAACCAGAGGACUUGCAAUUAUUGAGGAAAGGGGUAGAGCUAGUGGAGGAUAACUUUCUGGCAACUUGGACUGUUGCAUCGGUGGAAUUCGAUGCGGGUCAGGAGGCCGAGAAACUGGCCGCAGAAGCGUCCUUUCUUGCCGUCUUGUUGCGCUUGAUGGCUCUUCUCGUCCCCUCCCUCCACCAUAUUUCCGACAACCAGGGCGUUGCGACUCGGUUUUCAGCCAUGGCCACAAUAAUCUUGGAAGCGAUGGGUGCGCACCCUGUUGUGAGCAUCGAGGGAAUGGCUUUCUUUGAAGUGUUGGCCGGAAUCCAAGACAUGUUGCCGCCCCCUUCACAAAACCUACUGGACACUGACAACCCCCUCACUUCCUGCGUGCCUUACUUUGAUUCCAGCCUGAAACCACGCUACGCAGGACUGUUUGCAGUUCCGAGAUGGCAAGAUAUGGGUGGUUGCCUUUCUUCAACACGAGGCAUUAGAGCUGUCUUGCGUGCAAUCAAAGUCAUGUCGCUUUCAGGGGUCUGGGAGGAGAACGAUGUGCACUUCAUGAAGGCCAUCUUCGCUUUUCUGGAAGGGACCUGUGCGUCCAGAUGUUAUUCGAAUGCCACAUUGCACCGUCCUCUUGCGGCUCCGCGUGCCUCCGAGCUCGCGGCUGUCGAGAGCUUGGCGGUUGAAAAGGAAGCGGCGAAUGUCUUGCAAGCUCUUGUUUCGGUAAGGCCGUCGUCUGGUCGUUUGCACACAAUACUGUUUGCUCGGUCGCUGGUCGCCGGAGCGACUGCUGGCGGUGGAGAACGGGAACCAGAAGAUGUUGACACGACCUCUGUCCAGGGAAUAAUCAGAAAUGCUGACAACUCCGCGAUCAGCGACGCACGCUAUGUUCUGCAACAUGUCGGCCAAAUCCGUUGGCAACUGAAGAGCCUUUCAAUUGUUCUUGCCACCGCUGCUCUCGCGGAGAUGCGCCAAAGCUGUAGCACAAGCAAUGCUGAAUCUCCGGAUUUCAGUUACAGUGCCGCCGAGAACGAGAUCAAAAGGGCCCUGGCUGCAUCUUCGAGCAAUCCAAGUUCACGUCUUGCGUUCCAUCUUAGCGGCAUUGUUUCGCUUGCAUGCACAUCUGCUGUUGCUGCUGUGGAUCAAGCGGAGCUUCCAACACUCCAACUCGCAGCAGUACUCCUCCUGUCGAACCUUGUUGCAUGUUUUCGCGGAGUUCAGGACCCGCAGGAACCUGAUGCGGCUAUGCUGGAUCAAUUCACUACGCAGAUCUUGUCUUCCGUAAAGCACUCUCUAGGCGACCCCGAAGAUAUCUCAGACGAGGCAUCCUAUCGAUUGUUCUACGGAGGCUGCGAGGCAAUCGAAACAAUCGUAGAGAGCGAGUUGACGAAAGAUCCGAUGGCAAUCAAACGUAUCAUUCGCCCCACAAUUCCUCUAGGAAAGGACACUCCUUUCUUUGAAUAUGGGAAGUCAUUCCCUGACGACGGCGAAGAAUCUGAGAACUCGACCAAUCUAGUAAAAAUCGGUCGAGUUUGGACAGCUGGAAUGCUCCUUUCCGAGAGAUGCCAGAGCCAAACCAACAUAAACGCAGCAAGGAAGCUUGUCGAAGACGAAGCAGGCCUCGCCGUUUACGCCGCAGCGGUCGCGUUCGAUGGGGCGCGCCUCCUUCUUGACGCUGGAGCAACACUUUGCGGUUCCGUUUCAGGUCAGGGGAAAGUGAAGCAGCAGGUUGAAACUGGGUUUUUGUUUGGUAACGUGCACGACUUGGAUGAUUCGGUAAAGGCGGCGUUGGUGACUGCGUGGUCUUCUUGUGGCUGCUUCGCUCUUAGGACGCUCGCCAAGAUGGCAGCAGAAGAAAGGGACGACGACAGGAAAGCAGCAUGUAGAACAUGGGUGCAGAAACUUGCUCCCCUGAUGUUCGAAGGGCUCAACGACUCGCUGACCGAAUUCGGAAACCAUGAUUUCUCCAAGACUUCAGGAUGGUGUGGUGGCAUUGACAGCUCGGAUGUUGCUGUCAACUGCCUGUAUAGUCUUCGUGUCUUUGUCGAAGGAACAGAACAGGGCAGCCUGGGGGUUUCAAUCAACGUCGACCAAAUCCUCAACCGCCUUCGGAUAUCGGUUUUGUCGCCAGCGUUGGAUCAAACGUCGUCGGAUCUGAAGGGUGGGUUUGCCCGGUUGCCCGAGGGCCGCCAGGCCACUGUCAUCAAGGAAAUGUGUGACAUGAUCCAGCACGUUGCCGCCUCCGCAGCCAAGGCUUCAUCUUCCCUUCUCAUGUCAAUCCUGACUCCGUUGGAUCUGCUGCAACGGGGGGCAAUCGAGUUUGGACAAAGGCACGUUGAUUUGAUCGUGUCAACUUGUCUCUCGGCCGCAGGAACGUUGGUUGCGCUCUCCAAAUCAAGUGACGCCUUUGUAAAGUCCAUGACUCAAAUUGCGCUCGAAGUGCAAGAAUCGGAGAAAGGAGUGCCUGAAGGCGUGAACAGUGCUGCAAGACAGCUUCUGAAGGCCUGUCUCUCACACAAGUCUGUGGAAGCCAAGGAUCGACGCGUAGUCGCCCACGAGCUUGCCAAAAUGGGUGACUGGGAGACAUGGUGUUCUGUCUGCGCAGUAGACGAUGGUCUCACGGCAUCUGGCAGUAUGGACGUGUUGAAGAAUGUGCUGCUUGAUACACAAAACCCGGAGAAACAGCUUCAAGCCCUGGCAGCAAUUCGGCUGCUGGUUCAGAAAACAAAGCUCGUUGGACUGAUAUUCAGUGCUGUGGGCGGGGAGUUGUUGCACUUUUUCAAGAUGUAUGGUGCUCAACCAGCGGUUUCCCGAGCGAGUCAAGCGCGCCGCACAACCGUUUGCACGGAUACGAUGAAAAUUGUCUUGGUGGCAAUUCAACAGCUUGUUUCCGAUUCGACCCCAGAACCAGUGUUCGUGGCCUUUUUGAUGGUAACGUUUGAAUAUAUGCUGAUGGUCCUGCGGUACAAUGGUCUCCCAAACCACCCUCCGCCCCAAACCGAAUCUGAUCCAUCCCUUGGUCGAAUGACAGCGCAAGCGAUUGUGCACAUUGCCCGUUCUGCCCCUCUCCCUUUCAAAGCAGCCCUCGGGUCAAUGAGCGACGCCGACCGAGCUGCUUUGGAGUUCGCCGUUCGAGCUGAAAUGACGGGCUACGCCAAUGCCCAAGCUCAAGCCCAAUCCAAGAAGAAGAUCAGUUUGAAGGGUUUCAAGAAGUGAUGACUCGACUCAACUCGAAGUAGAAUCUCUUUCAUAGGAAUACUAAUAAGUUUUGCUCUAAUGCAACGAUACUCUACU